ACUUUCCAUCAAACCCCGGCAGAAAUUAAUUUAUAUAAAAAGAAGGAUUACAGAGCCCACUAAUAAAAUAAAUAAAAUUAGUUAUUCUAAUUUUCAAGAAACAACGUAAGGAUCUUCUUCAAGCAAAUUUGCUUGGCCUUCUCUGUCAAUCUGUUGCUCUUUCUUUCCCCUUUGUUUCUCUAAUCAUGAAAGAAACUCGUUUAUUGCAUUUCUAACAAGACCCUGUUACUUGUUAUCGUCACAUUUCAACUGUCUCUUCCCAGUCUCAGCCUCAAAUCGUCCUCCUCCUAUGCUCAUGUCCUCUGCUUCUUUGGGUCCUUGAGCUGCUUCUUUGUCAGAUUUCUCUUUAUUGCUUUUUCUUUCAUGCUUCGAAACACUGAAGGGACAGGGAAAAUGGACAUUUGGAAGUGGGUUUUUGUUGGGAUUCUCUGCUAUGCUGCUUUUGCAUCGACUGUUGGUGCUGUGAAGCUGAGCAGGAGUCAACCCACUGAGAGGAUUUCAGGUAGUGCUGGUGAUGUUUUAGAAGAUGAUCCUGUGGGAAGGCUAAAAGUUUUUGUUUAUGAACUCCCAAGCAAAUACAACAAGAAGAUUCUGCAAAAGGAUCCAAGAUGCCUUACCCAUAUGUUUGCUGCUGAGAUCUUUAUGCAUAGGUUUCUCUUAUCUAGCCCUGUUCGAACUCUCAAUCCUGAGGAAGCUGAUUGGUUUUAUACCCCUGUAUAUACCACUUGUGACUUGACACCAAAUGGCCUUCCUCUGCCUUUUAAAUCACCAAGAAUCAUGAGAAGUGCUAUCCAGCUUAUUUCUUCAAACUGGCCCUAUUGGAACCGGACUGAAGGAGCUGAUCACUUUUUUGUUGUCCCCCAUGACUUCGGAGCAUGCUUCCAUUAUCUAGAAGUGAAGGCCAUUGAAAGAGGAAUUCUUCACUUGCUCCAACGUGCUACCUUGGUGCAAACUUUUGGACAACGGAAUCAUGUUUGCUUAAAGGAGGAGGGCUCAAUAACUGUUCCUCCAUAUGCUCCUCCACAGAAAAUGCAAGCCCACCUUAUUCCUGAGAAAACUCCUCGAUCUAUCUUUGUCUACUUCAGAGGAUUGUUUUAUGAUGUAGGGAAUGACCCAGAAGGUGGCUACUACGCAAGAGGUGCACGAGCAGCAGUGUGGGAGAACUUUAAGGACAAUCCGCUUUUUGACAUAUCCACGGAGCACCCAACUACAUACUAUGAAGACAUGCAACGAGCUGUGUUUUGUUUGUGUCCACUUGGGUGGGCCCCCUGGAGUCCGAGAUUGGUUGAAGCAGUUAUAUUCGGUUGCAUUCCCGUCAUCAUAGCUGAUGAUAUAGUUUUACCCUUCGCUGAUGCAAUACCAUGGGAAGAGAUUGGAGUUUUUGUAGAUGAGAAAGAUGUACCAAACUUGGACACCAUUCUGACUUCAAUCCCACCUGAAGUAAUACUUAGGAAGCAGAGAUUACUUGCGAACCCUUCAAUGAAGCAGGCGAUGCUAUUCCCACAACCUGCACAACCAGGAGAUGCUUUCCAUCAAGUUCUGAAUGGACUUGCACGUAAACUGCCGCAUGACAGAAGUAUUUACUUGAAGCCAGGUGAGAAGGUCUUGAACUGGACUGCAGGUCCUGUAGGUGACCUGAAACCUUGGUAGCAGCUAUAACAUGUACAUUUAUUUGAAGAAAUUCUUGGCAACCAACAGAGUUUCUCAAAAGUUUGACACUGUGAAUCUUGAUUUUGCCACAACUGUUGGAUUAUGCAGGUUUAGUGAAUAGGGAUAUUGCUAUGAGCUGUUUCUUCCCUUCCCCCUCCACCUCCCUUCUCAUGUAAAGGAACUUUUUAUCAAGAGUUUUCCAUGUUUCAAUUA